AUGUACAGCAUGCUGGAACAUGACAUGAAGUCGUCCGGGCCACCGACGCACCAAAGCGGGCAGGGAAUGACCCAGCUGAACGGUGGAGUAAAUCACGGGGUGACCCACGGAGUCACCAAGCCUGCUGUCAACAACCAACAACAGGGUGUCGAUCCCAUGGACAAGGUUAAGCGGCCUAUGAACGCCUUUAUGGUCUGGUCUCGGGGUCAGAGGCGCAAGAUGGCACAGGAGAACCCCAAAAUGCACAACUCUGAAAUCAGUAAGCGUCUGGGCGCCGAAUGGAAGCUGCUUACCGACGCGGAGAAACGGCCCUUUAUCGACGAGGCCAAAAGACUUCGUGCCCUGCACAUGAAGGAGUACCCAGAUUACAAAUACAAGCCCCGUCGCAAGACGAAACCGGUUCUGAAGAAGGACAACCCGGCCGCUAAGUAUCCACUGUCAGCCGGCAACCUGUUGGCGGCGGCCGCUGCGCAAGGAUCGGGAGGCAGCCCGCGGAUGGAUAGCUACGGCUGGGGUCACACAGGUGGAUACGCUGGCAUGCAGAGUGAUGCCCUAGGUUACAGUCAGCAGCUGCACCGCUAUGAUUUGUCUGCUUUGCAGUAUCCAUCCGCCAUGGCCACAGCGCAAUCUUACAUGAAUGGCGCAAACUCCUACAACCCCAUGUCCUACAGCAGCACUCCACAACAGCCCAGUCCGGUCAUGUCCAUGGUGAAACAAGACCAAGUGUCCCACUCUCCGACCGGAGCCCACCAGCGGGGUCCUUUACAAGGCGACCUGAGGGACAUGAUUAGCAUGUAUAUCCCUGGAGGAGACACCACAGAGAGUGGAGCACAGAGAGGUUACUCCAACAUCCAACAGCAUUACCUCACUGGUACAGCACCUCUCACUCACAUCUGAUCAAGAAACUGUCCUGUAAUUAGUCUGGAGGCUUGUGGGCUCACACGACUCGAUGUGCUGUAGUAGAUGCUUGAACAUUAACUUGAUAUGUAAAAAGGAUGAGGGUGUGUGGACACACGGUCGAACUGGAAGACCCAAGGCAGCUGGACUUGUCAAAGUGCCUGAAUUUUGUGUGGAGUGUGUGUGUGUGUGUUUGUGUGUCAUCCUAUGAUGUCAUUGCAUUUUUCUAAGGUCCAUGUGUGUGUUUUCUA